GGUUUGCCGAACCAAAAAAGAACCGGUCAAGCCCAAUUAAAAGGAUCCGGUCGGAUAAUUUCUAAUGUCCUUAUUAAUAUUUGGAACCGGUACGGAAUGAUCCGCCAGAGUUUUGUAUUGAAGAAGAUCGAUUGAAAAACGAAGAGCGAAUCAAAGAGGAAGAAGAAGAAGAAUUCGGAGGAGGUAUAGCAAUGGGGGUCGACUAUUACAAGGUUCUUCAGGUGGAUCGGAACGCGAAAGACGACGACUUGAAGAAAGCUUAUCGCAAACUCGCCAUGAAGUGGCAUCCAGACAAGAACCCUAAUAACAAAAAGGACGCCGAAUCCAAAUUCAAGCAGAUCUCUGAAGCUUACGAUGUUUUGAGUGAUCCUCAAAAGCGAGCCAUUUAUGAUCAAUACGGAGAAGAAGGUCUAACAAGCCAGGUUCCGCCUCCCGGUGCUGGCGGGUUUUCGGGUGGUUCGGAUGGAGGGGCUUCGUUCCGGUUCAAUGGUAGAAGUGCAGAUGACAUCUUCUCCGAGUUCUUUGGCUUCACAAGACCCUUUGGUGACUCACGUGGUGCAGGUCCCUCUAAUGGCUUCCGGUUCGCGGAAGACGUUUUUUCCUCGAAUGUUACAAUGAGGAAAGCUGCCCCUAUUGAGAGACAACUUCCUUGUAGUUUGGAGGAUCUCUACAAAGGAAUCUCUAAGAAGAUGAAGAUCUCUCGGGACGUUCUCGAUUCAAGCGGGAGACCCACAACAGUUGAGGAGAUCUUGACAAUAGAAAUCAAGCCAGGGUGGAAGAAAGGUACGAAGAUAACCUUCCCGGAGAAAGGAAACGAGCAGCGAGGAAUCAUACCAUCAGAUCUUGUAUUCAUAGUUGAUGAGAAGCCACAUGCUGUGUUCAAGCGAGACGGGAAUGACCUUGUGAUGACACAGAAGAUCCCUCUCGUGGAAGCCCUCACGGGAUACACCGCUCAGGUCACGACUCUGGACGGAAGAUCAGUAACGGUUCCAGUCAACAACGUGAUUAGCCCUUCUUAUGAAGAGGUGGUGAAAGGCGAAGGCAUGCCAAUCCCUAAAGACCCAUCAAAAAAAGGGAACUUGAGAAUCAAGUUCAAUGUUAAGUUCCCAUCAAGGCUAACAACAGAGCAGAAAUCUGGAAUCAAACGAAUGUUUUCGUCUUCGUAGUCUGUCUCUUUCUCUCUUACUGCUACGUUUGAUUUUCGGUUAUAUCAGUUGGCGCUUUGGGAGGUCGUUGUGAAAUGCGUAGGUGUGUGGGUCUUUGUUUGGGAGAUUGUGAGGUUCUUGAACGAUGUCGCAUUGAGGUUUCUCAACGUCAUCCUUCAAAGCUUUUUGGUUUGGCGUUUUAUAUUUUGGUAGUUUUUUUUGUUUUUUUUUCUUUAAUUGUAUUAGAUUGGGGGGAAAAUAAACUAAAUAAAGAUUCUUUGCUUUU